CGUACAACCAGUGAGGACAGCCCAUCCAAGUAUCCAAAGGAAACAAAUGAUGAGAAUCGCAAAUCAACGGACUUAGAUGGGAGAAUACGCGAGAGCUGUCGUUUGUCAGAUAAUCCUGAGAGAAUAGCGAUGGACGUAGAAACGGCUCCUCAUCCAGAUCCGAGGAUUUUGGAUGACCUGGAAGUCCAUGCAAGGGACUUAGCCGCAAGCAUGGACAUGAUGUUACGUGAUCUGAGGGGUUCAAUGCAUGGAAUUAGUGACCUAACCCUAGAAUCCAUCCAGUGUUAUAACGUUGCAAUCGCAAAUGCCUGCGAUGUGGCAGAUAUCAAUAUUAAGUCUACUUACGCAAUGUUAGCCAAAUUUGAAGAGGUUAAUCACGCCAUGCAAAAGGUGUCAACUUUAGCAAAACAAAUAAAAGAAAUGAGACGACUGGUCGAAAUGUUCGAGACAUUGUUUCAGAGAUCUCUCAAGUAA